AUGGUUAGUCAGCCACCUGCCAUCGUAGGGUUACUGGUUGCAGAGAAUCGUAUGAAGCCUUUGUUUGAAAGGUUUCGAAAGCAACACCCGCCAGUGUUUGAAGGCAGCAUCGAUCCGGUUCAGGCAGAGGAGUGGAUCAGUGGGAUGGAGAGGAUCUUGAACAUGAUGGGAGUUCAAGGCAAUGAACGAGUGGUGUGUGCAUCUUUCAUGCUGAGAAAAGAUGCUCGGAUUUGGUGGGAGGUGGUGGAGCAAUCACGGAAUUUUAACACUAUGGAUUGGGACAGAUUCAAACAGGUGUUUAAUGAUAAAUACUACAACUUAGCAAUGUUAGCAGCAAAAUUGGAUGAAUUUACCAAGCUGACUCAAGGUAAUCUCUCGGUGACAGAAUAUGCACAGAAGUUCGAUCGGUUGGCGAAGUUUGCCAAGGAUCUUGUACCUACUGACAAGGUACGAGCGGACCGAAGCGAAGAAAGAAUCUGGAAAGAUAAUGCUGCUAGAAGGGAUGCUAAGAAGAGUGGGGCAGCCACCUCCAAUGACAAUAGGAAAAGGGGACAGGACCAACCAAGCCAAGCCAGAAAUGAUAAACGACCCAAGCCCAACAAUGACAACCGUCCUGGUGGAAAUGGUGGCAGAAACAUUCCACCUUGCCCUAAGUGCACAAAACGCCAUUUUGGUGAGUGCAGAGCUGGAGUUUGCUACAAAUGUGGGAAGGAAGGUCAUGUGAAGCGCAAUUUUCCGACAUGGGAACAAUCUGGCAAUAAGGAAGAAUAG